AUGUCGAAUGAGAACCCCACGCUUGUUUGGUCGCCCUACCCGCCACCUUCCCAUCCACAGAAAACGAUUUCACAGCCUGCUUGCUUGUCCAUCUCCAUCAAACACCCUGGUCAGGACCUCCCGCUCCUAGCUUUCCCUCCUUUCGACGCAGGCGGCGUUCAUCAUGAGACUGUUCUUGUGGCUUGCGGAAUUCUCGUUGGCAACCACUGGGACGGCUUUCUCAGCUCAGACAGAGAGGGCCAACACUCUGUCUCGUCGUCCGAAAAAAUCUUACGAGAAGAAUCAUACUACUACCACCCAUCACGGCAGCCGAGUGAACUGGACUAUGCUGUGACACCGACAUUCGAACACUGGCGCUUUCCAUAUGGGAAACUCCCUCCUUCAUGGCAGCAGAUCCCAUCAUUCAAGCAAACUUCACAACCGAAUGACUCCAAUCUUUGUCGAGUCACACAAUUUGAGGAGGGCGUUGAAGAUGCACACUUGGUCCCAAGCUCUGAAAGGAGGUGGUUUGAUAACAAUCUGGCGUUGUACAUGAAUUCAGCCCGAGCAGACGCAUUGAAGGCCCCAGUCAACAUGAUCCGUUUACGAAGCGACAUUCAUACCGUGUUUGAUGCGAAGCGUUUUGCCAUCGUACCUCUGGACGGUCGAUUGAUUGUGUACUGCCUCAACUACCAACUUGGCUCACAGUUUGCUGAUCUUUAUCACGGCGUUGAAAUACAUCAAAUCCGUGCCUCCCCACCUGUCUGCCAGUUCUUGUUCGCACGAUUCGCAUACACGGUGUUCGACACGCUUCGAGGCUUUCUAGUGCUGAAUAUCCCCAAAAAGCUGCGCCUCUUCAUGAACAACCAGAUGGAAACUGAGUUGUGUAAUCCGGAACGUUGCUGGCGAUUCGCCCAGUACACGGCAUGCCAGGGCAAAUCUGCUAGUGCCAGUGCCAGCCCCAGGAAACGUCCAUAUCCGGAUGCUGGACCGGCUUACAGUGAUGAUGACGGAAUGGAGGAAGAAUUUCGAGGCCGAAAAAAGAGUCGCAGUGACGAGACUAGCUCCUCCGCCGAUCUAUCAGUCAAAACGCCUGAGACGACCCCCUUUCCAGCAUCAAAGAUCGGGAAAACCACGCAUGUCGACAAUGGAGAUGAGCAUCUUAUUCUAUCCUCGCAAGGCCGUGGCUGGGGUACGGCGGGCUGA